UCGCAAAGAAUAAAACAAAUAACAAUCAACAACCUUCCCACCCGUCACUAUUCAACACAAACCCUAGAUAUCAAUCGCAUACAACCAUUCCCUCAUUUCCGCAUCGCACAAUGCUCCAAAAAAUGUCAUGACAUCCUCCUCAUCCACAUCUGCCGUCGCGCCUCUCUUACCACCAUAUCUGUAUGAUCUCUCGCCUACCAUCCAUAAAUGGUGUGCGUUGCGCUGUGCAGAUAUCAUUUCAUUGACUACUCGGGGGGUAUAUUUCGAAGAUAAACUGAUCCACCACUACCUCAACCAUCCCAUCCGCUACGUAAAACUCAUCGGGCUCGUCGUCUCCAUCGAUACUUUUGCCCGUCGUCGCGUCUACACUAUCGAUGACUCGAGCGGUGUGUGUAUAGAAUGCGUGGCACUCUUACCUCUCCCUUCCUCGGAAGCUGCUUCAAAUUCGAAUUCAAACUCAAAGUGCCAUCCUCCUCCCAGUAGCAGCCCCUCCAUCAGCACCCCCCAAAUCCCCUGGAACGACAUCACCGAAUGCAAAGUCGUGCGCAUCCUGGGGAUUGUGGGAUCAUACAUGCAGGUUCCGCAAUUGCAGAUUGUGAAGAUGGGGAUCGUGGGGAGUACGGAGGUGGAGAGGAAGUGGUGGGAUGAGUGUCGAGAACUCAAGGAUCCGGAGAGGGGGAUUCUGGGAAGGGAGUGGGUGGUGGGGAGGGAGGAGAUGGAGAGGUGGAAGAGGAGGGAGAGGAAGAGGAAGGCGAGGGAGGAGGAGAAGAGGAGUGGGGGGAGAGAUGGUCGGGCGGCCAAGAUGAAGAGUGGGAAUGGGAGUGGGAGUGGAAGAAGAGAGGAUACCGAGAGAGUUGAAGAGAAGCGAGAGCUACUGGCGAGGAAAAAGAUAACAAAUCCCCAACCACGUUCUUCAACCAAUCCCUCUCAUUCCACAUCCACAUCCACAUCCAACCCCCACCCCUCCCGUCCUCCCCACGAAACCUCCCCCAAAAAACCUCUCCCCCGCCCGCCCAUCAAAAAAGAUUCAUCCCCACGAUCCUCCCGACCUAUCCAACUACGAUACUUUUGGUUACUAACACAACCUCCCUCUAUCCUAUAAAGAAAAUCCCUUUCAGGAAAAUAAAACACGUGAAAGAAAUCCCGAACCGCGCAUUCCGAUGAAUAGGUAAUUAAACGUGAUUUGUUUGUUUACCUCACUUGGGUUAUCAUGAAUAUCCACAUCCAUAUCCACAUCCAUAUCCACGAUACAAACCACGAAAUAUGAAAUAAUGUCUAUACAAUCCGCGACAAGAAACACGAGAAAUAAGAUAUCAGAAGUGACAUCACCUCACAUCCUCACAACCUCACA